UGUGUGUGAGUGUGUGUGUGAGUGUGUGUGUGUGUGUGUGUGUGUGUGUGGCGCGAUGGCUCAGCAGCAGGAUGCUCACACAGAGACAGCAGUGUGUAAAACACUCAGUGAGAACGCUCUGUUCGGGAUGGGUAAUCCCCUGCUGGACAUCUGUGCCGUAGUGGACAAAGACUUCCUGGACAAGUAUGGCCUGAAGCCUAAUGAUCAGAUCCUGGCAGAGGAGAAGCACAAAGCACUGUUCGAUGAGCUUGUGAAGAAGAGUAAAGUGGAGUACCAUGCAGGCGGCUCGACGCAGAACUCUGUUAAAGUAGCGCAGUGGAUGAUCCAGGAGCCCCACAAGGUGGCGACGUUUUUCGGCUGUAUAGGGAAAGAUCACUUUGGGGAGAUCCUGAAGCAGAAAGCGGCUGAAGCUCACGUGGACGCUCAUUAUUACGAGCAGAACGAACAACCGACAGGAACCUGCGCAGCCUGCAUCACCGGGGACAACAGGUCUCUAGUUGCUAACCUGGCAGCUGCAAACUGUUACAAUAAGGAGAAACAUCUGGAUCUGGAGAGCAACUGGAGCCUGGUGGAGAAAGCGAGAGUCUACUACAUCGCUGGCUUCUUCCUGACCGUAUCUCCGGACUCGGUGUUGAAGGUGGCCAGACACGCGAGUGCCCACAACAAGAUCUUCGGCCUGAACCUGUCGGCUCCCUUCAUCAGUCAGUUCUUCAAAGAGCCGCUGAUGAGCGUCAUGCCCUACGUCGACAUCCUGUUCGGCAACGAGACGGAAGCAGCUGCGUUUGCAAAGGAGCAGGGAUUUGAGGCGGAUGAUAUCGAAGAGAUUGCGCGCAGAGUGCAGCUCCUCCCCAAAGUGAACAAGAACAGACAGAGGAUCGUGGUGUUCACUCAGGGACAGUAUGAUACGGUCGCCACUGUGGGUGAGAAGGUGACGAGGUUCCCGGUGUUGGAUAUUGAUCAGAAUGAUAUUGUGGACACUAACGGAGCAGGAGACGCUUUUGUAGGAGGGUUCCUCUCUGAGCUGGUUCAGGAGAAAUCCCUGGAGCAGUGUAUCCAUGCAGGUCACUACGCCGCGAACGUCAUCAUCCGACGCUCUGGAUGCACCUUCCCUGAGAAACCAGACUUCCAUUAACAUACCUCGCUCGCUCUCUCUCUCUCUCUCUCUGUCUCACUCUCUCUCUCUCUCUCUCUCUCUCUCUCUCUCUCUCUCAAUCCACCUCUUUCUCAUACAUCUUAAGCGACAUGACUCGCGUGCCUCUACUUUUGUUUACAGUUGCUUCCAGGGCAUUCUUAAGCAAAAAAAAAAAAAAAAAACUGCUAUAAUGACUUAAACUUGUUCGGUUGAGAACAGUGCAGCGAACAGCACUUCCUGAGCCUCCGCUACGUAUCAGUGACAGGAAGUGAUGCGUGAGCUCUGAUUUUACACUCAUACAAGUCUUGGAGAAAGAGACAAAGAUGAACGCAGGUCUUUUUUUAUUAGGUCCAAAUGAGAUAAUGCAGCUCUGGUCGUAUAAAUCUCUGGAAAUGAUGCGAUAAGGCAUUGUUAUGUCUGUGAUGUAACUUUAUUAACUGGAGUGUUUUAAAGUCUUUGUUAUUAGCUUAGCAGUGUAUAUGUGUUUGUUUCUUGCAGCACACCAAACUCAAAAAAACACGCACAAGUGUUAAAUAUGCAUGAUGUACAUCUUACACUGUCUUACAGUCGUGCACAUACACUCUAUAUAUAUAUAUACACACACAUACGUAUGCACACACACUCCAAUAAAGAAGUCAUUAUUA